UUUCCACGGCUCACGCUAUUCUUAGAAACAGUUGAGCCGGUGGUAGAGUCUCAAGGCUCUGGAAUCUUUUCCUUCGUGUGGCAACAACUUAGUUUUCCUGUGGAGGCUCAGUGGUGCUUUUCUUGGGCUCAGCAGUGCGGCUGAUGCGGCCUGGAUUGCAUAGACGCUGGGAGGACACAUACACCACCCUUUGGAAAUGCAGCAGGACGGGGAUCGGGCAGGCAAAGAGGAAGGAGCAGGACUGGCUCCCAUAGGCAGCUGCUUUAUUUAUAGCUCCUAAAAUGGUGUUUGUUCAACUAUCCUGAACUUUCGUGGAAGUUCAAAUGUGGGCACUGUGAUCAGAAUGCUGAAGUAAAGCGAUAA